AUACGCUGAGAACUCAUCUCAAACUAGAAUUUCCUAUGAUCUUAGCAGUAUUCACAAAUCACAACUGGUUAAAUACCACUUGAACAUGGUUUUUCAAAGAAUCUGAAUACCUAUUUUAUGUUCUGUCAGAAGUGUUUAAAACAAAUAAAACAGGUAGAUUACAUUUUUCAUUUCUGCUCUGACACAAGUUUUUGUUGCAUCACAAGAAAAGUUAAGAGUGUUGGAAAUCAUGAGCGUGAGAUGGCCAAGGCUUUUGACUCCCACUUAUCUCUCACAGCUGAUACGCAGCCAGAAAAACCCCUUAAAGGCUUUGGAUAUUUUCAAUGAAGCUAAAACUAGAUACCCCAGUUACCGCCACAAUGGUCCGGUCUAUGCUGCCAUGAUUAGGGUCCUAGGAAGCUCAGGGCGAUUGGCUGAGAUGAAAGAAAUAGUUAAGCGGAUGAAAGAGGACUCUUGUGAAUGCCAAGAUUCAGUCCUUGCUGGUGUAAUCAGAACUUAUGCCAAUGCUGGUUUGUGGGACGAAGCCAUCUCUUUGUUCAAGAGUCUUCCUGAAUUCAAUUGCGUAAACUACACAGAAUCUUUUAUUACUCUUUUGGAGAUAAUGGUGAAAGAGUCCAAGCUAGAAACUUGUUAUCACUUCUUCGUGGAGAAUUGUCGAGGGUGGGAAAUCAAGUCGCGGACACGUUCCUUGAAUUUACUUAUGCAUGCUCUUUGUCAGAUACACCGUUCUGAUCUUGCAUUGCACAUUUUUCAAGAAAUGGGUUAUCAGUGGUGCUAUCCUGAAAGGGAAACAUAUAGGACUCUGAUGAGGGGUUUGUGUGAGGAUGGAAGACUUACUGAGGCCACCCAUCUGUUGCACUCAAUGUUCUGGAGGGUUUCUCAGAAGGGUUGUGGGGCUGAUGUUUCUGUAUAUAGAACACUGUUAGAGGCUCUAUGUGACAAUGGAGAGGUAGAGGAGGCUGUGGAAGUACUUGAACACGUCUUGAGGAAAGGUCUUAAGGCUCCAAGAAAAUACUACAAGCAACUAGAUUUUGGCCAAUUCCACCUUAAAGAUGAAGCAGGUAUCAGUCAAGCAAAGGUUUUGAUUAACGAGGCUUUGAUGCGAGGUGGAUUUCCUAGUUCGGAUGGUUACAGAGCAAUAGCAAUUGAUCUCUACUCAGAGGGAAGGAUAGCUGGAGGCAACAAGGUGCUCGAGGAAAUGCACAAGAAAGGGUUCAAAUCAUCUGAGCGAAUAUAUGAAGCCAAGGUGGCAGCACUGUUUGCAGCAGGCAAGGUCGAUGAAGCAGUGGAUGUGGUUGAAAGGGAAAUGAUAGCGAACAACUGUGUCCCGACAAUUAAGCUGCAUAAUAUUGUAAUAAAAGGACUCUGUGACCUAAAAGAAUCUGCUUGGGCUAUAAUGUACUUUCAGAAAAUAUCGAGGCAAGUCUGUUGUGUUCCUGACAAGAAGACGUAUGAGUACCUAGUUGAUGGAUUAUGUCAUGAUGGUAAAUACAUGCAAGCUAGUCGAAUGUUGGAAAAAAUGCUUAUCAACUCUUACUGGCCCGGGGAUGAAAUAUACAAUAAACUUAUCCAUGGCCUGUGCUUAAUAGGGAAGCCGUAUAAAGCUGUUAUUUGGCUGGAGGAGAUGAUCAGCCAAGCUAAAAUCCCAGAAGCAUCUGUAUGGUGUUCAUUAGUAUCUUCUGUUUGUCUUGGGAGACAACAAUCUGAUAUAUGGACAUUCAAUUAUUUAUCUAGUUGAUGGCUUUAUUUAAGCCAUAAGAACAUAAUGAAGUAUAGAUAACAUUUUAUUAUAAACAAAAUUGUGCAUCACACUGAUAAAUCUCUGUAUUGAACUGUCUCAAUGUCUUAAAAUCAUCGUAGUUCUUAAAGUUAAUUUUCGUUAGAGUACUUGGUAUUCUACUUAUGUGUCAGAAGGAAAUUAGAUGUAAUUUUCUGAUAUAGUACGUAGUUUUGUUUCAAUUAGAAAUUGCAUCGUGGCUCCCUCAAGACUGAAAUCUUUUGAUCCAUAUGUGCAACCAAUCGUUGUGCUUGACGUCACAUUAUUUCUCUUCUUGUGAUAAACCUUCAAGAAAGUGGAGGAAAUGAAGCUUUUGGAGAAAGAUCUGACUGGCAUGGCUGAAGAAGUAGAUAGGCUACUUGCCGAGGUGUAAAAUGCUGAGAAGAGGCUAGUGUUCCGAUCCUAUAGACCGGCCCCUACAUGAACGCAGAUAAUUUAUAUCCGCCUCCCGUUCAACUGGUGGCUAUGCUGCAAUUUUGGUGGACCUCAUUUUAUAUGGAUGGUGGGGCAGCGGUGGAGGGAAUGAACCCAUAUGCCGUUGGCGGAUUUGCAGUUAGCCCUCCAGUAACCAGUGUUCCUGCAGUUGGUGCUGGCUGUUGUUGCUGGUAAUCCUUCCUGGGGAGUGAUUUAUAAUACGUCCCAUACUCAGAUGUUCAUGAGCUGCAAAAGAGCCUUCUCUGCUUUGAGGUAUUGGAGAAGUGAACUGACUUGUUACCAUUUUCACCAUAGCUGAUCAUAUUCCAACUUUUGAUCAAUCAAAUUGCAGAAGGGCUUCUGCAGUUUGUUUUCGGGAUUUCUUGUGUAAAACUUCUUUGGCUGGCCAGUUUUGGUUUCUUCAAUUGUAAAUUGUUGGUUGUAUGUGUUUGAUGCAUUUCUUAUUCAUUCCAUUUUGUUGAUUGAGCAUGCCAACAACAUAGUUUAAUUCAUAUAAGAUAUCUCGAAUUAAACGUGAAUAUAAAUACACAAGUGUUUAAAUAUGUCAUAAACACAAAGGUCCUACUUGGGUUAAACAUCUUAUGUGCUAUUAAUAAUUUUAUGGUGCCAUAACUCAUAUGAGACAUCAAUGGUUACUAGCUCUUUACAGUCAAAAUGUUUCUGGUGAUAAUCUACUUGGGCAAGUGUCGGCUUCACUGUCAUUUUCUUAAGUUAAAUUUAAGAUGUAAUUCAGUUUCUGCAGAUGAAAGAUUUUAUAUAUAAAAACUUGCUGUGGUAAUCCUUUCUCAUGAAUAUUCUGAAUCAUAUUGCUUGGUUGGACAAAGUUUCCUUUUCAGGCUUUCCGAAAAUCUCUAUGUUAAGUGUCUU